AUGAUCUCCACUGACCCCACAUGGCCCGCUUUCCCGAUCGUCUCCUUCAUUGGUUUCGUAAUUGUCCUCAUCCCCAUGCCGUGGCACCUUCAAGCCUGGAACUCCGGAACUUGUUAUUAUAUGGCAUGGACCGCCCUGGGAUGCCUCAAUGCGUUCGUCAACUCCAUCGUCUGGGCCGACAACGCAAUCAACGUAGCACCUAUAUGGUGUGACAUUUCUACACGGAUCACCAUUGGGCAGUCUGUUGGCAUUCCGUUGGCGUCUCUGUGCAUCACUCGACGACUUUACAACAUUUCGCGGGUUUCAAACGUGCUCACGACGCGCGCCGAGAAAUGGCGCGUCAUCAUUGUGGACACCAUUCUUUGUGUUCUGCUGCCUAUGAUUUGCAUGGUAUUUGCAUACAUCGUUCAAGGCCAUCGCUUUAACGUCUUCGAGAACCUGGGCUGCUACCCUGCGAUAUACAACACGCUUCCAGCGUAUUUCCUCGUGUAUAUGUGGCCAGUCGUUAUCGGGCUAGUGUCGUCAGUAUAUUGUGUUCUGUCUCUCAUCUCUCUCUUCAAGCGGCACAAACAGUUCCGCGAAUUCGUUCAGUCCGGGAGCGCCCUCACCGUCAACCGAUACUAUCGCCUGAUGGCCCUCGCCUGCAUCGAGAUCCUAUUCACUACCCCACUUGGAAUUUAUGAGCUCUAUUCUAACGGAGCUUCCGGCGCGCUUCAACCGUGGCUCGGAUGGGACGACACUCAUUUCAACUUCUCCCUCGUUCUUGAAGUACCAGCCAUCAUCUGGCGCAGCAACAAGUCCCUCCUCAUUCCCCUCGAACUCGGCCGUUGGGUGCUCCCUCUCUGCGCCUUCACGUUCUUCGCGUUCUUCGGCUUUGCGGAAGAGGCACGCCGUCAUUACAGGAUGGUACUUCGGUUCUUCUCGGCGCGGUUCGCAAGCCUCCGUCUUUUCGUCUUCAAAGCGCGCUUCCCUGUCGCUCGUUCGGCGAUUACGAAACAUGAUCUUCCCGUUCACCGUCUUCCGAGCGAAGAUGUUUUACCACCAUACGUUGCAUACCCGAAGCCGCCUCUUCCCACACACUCGUACGACAUCCUCAAUAAGCCAUCGAAACUGGCAUUCACGGAUUUUCCUCACGAUAAAUCUGCCUUUGCUCUCACCCUUUCCAGUACUCCUGGAACACCGCUUUCCCCUUGUAGUUCCUGCACGUUAGUAACGGCUUUCUCGGAUCGAGCAUCUUUCACCACGCUCCCUUCAGCUCCAAACUCCCCCUAUUCUCCUUAG